AUGAACAUUGUCGUUUCCUUCCUAAUUUUUACCUCACGCGUCAUCUACAUCCUUCCAUUUAUUUCAUCUCAAGUAACACACCUGCCCUACUCCGGCAACCAAGGCCAAUGGCACCUCCUACAUUCAUCCAUAGGCAUCUCCGCCAUGCACAUGCAACUCUUACGUACAAACAUGGUCAUCAUGUUCGACCGGACCGACUACGGCCCCUCCAACAUCUCCCUCCCCGGCCGUCAAUGCCGGCAUGACCCCAACGACACCUUGCUCAAAGUAGACUGCACGGCUCACUCCAUCCUCUACGACAUCGGCACCAACACACUCCGGCCCCUAAACGUACAAACCGACACGUGGUGCUCCUCCGGGGCCGUCUUCCCCGACGGAACCCUAGUCCAGACGGGCGGCUACAACGACGGCGACCACGUGGUCCGCACGUUCACUCCAUGCACGGGCGACAAUUGUGAUUGGCUCGAAUUCCCAAAUUACUUGGUACGACGUAGAUGGUACGCCAGCAACCAAAUAUUACCUGACGGUCGUAUAAUCAUUGUCGGAGGCAGACGACAAUUCAACUACGAAUUCUACCCGCGCAAUUUCCAAGAUCCUCCUCGCACUUUCUGGCUCGAUAUUUUGAGACAAACAAGGGACCAAGACGAGAACAACUUGUACCCAUUUCUCCACCUCUUACCAGAUGGGAACUUGUUCAUUUUCGCAAAUACCAAAUCAAUACUCUUCAACUACAACCAAAACGUCGUCGUUAGAGAGUUUCCCGAAAUACCCGGUGGCGAGCCUCGUAAUUAUCCAAGCACCGGCUCCUCGGUGCUGUUCCCGUUGGACGAAAACAAACCCCCCAAUGUAAACAUUGAAGCCGAGAUAAUGGUCUGCGGCGGCGCGCCGCGCAACUCGUUCGCGCUCGCUUCUAGUGGAGAGUUUAUCGAUGCACUCGGCACGUGCGGGCGGCUCAAGGUGAGUGGCCAAAACCCCUACUGGGUAAUGGAGGAAAUGCCGGUUCCCCGAGUCAUGGCCGAUAUGCUUCUUUUACCAACCGGAGACGUCGUUAUCAUAAACGGCGCCGCACUAGGCACGGCCGGAUGGGAAUACGGGCAUGACCCGGUAACCAAACCGGUCAUAUACCGGCAGUCGGAGAAACCGAACAGGCGCUUUUCCGUCAUGGCCGGUUCGCAGAGACCGAGACUUUACCAUUCCGCUGCUGUUUUGGUACCGGAUGGUAGGGUCUUAGUCGGUGGAAGCAACCCGCAUGUUUACUAUAACUUUACCUGCGUCGAGUACCCGACGGAUCUUAGCCUGGAGGCCUUUUCGCCUCCUUAUAUGUCGGUGGAAUACGAACCGGUUCGGCCGAGAAUCGUUUCGGUGAAAGAGGUUUUGGGAUACCGGCAGUUCUUUUCGGUUGCGUUCGCCGUGCCAGAGUUGUUGUCUGUAAGUGUAUUGUCGGUGAGGCUGGUUGCGCCGUCGUUUACGACGCACUCGUUCGCCAUGAAUCAGAGAAUGAUUGUGAUGAAGCUGAUCGGAGUGACGCGCGUGGCGCCGGAGACGUAUGAGAUUAGCUUGGUGGGGCCCUCGACGGGGGAGAUUGCGCCGCCAGGUUAUUAUUUGCUGUUUGUGGUGCACGCUGACAUCCCGAGUUCUGCUGCGUGGGUGAAGUUGGAGUGA